GACAGAAUUCUGAUCUUUUGGUGUUAUUUCUGCUUAACAGAGCCACAGUUCCUUCAGACAGUAAAAUGGCAUCCAGUUUUAUUUUACACCUCUCUUACGGCUCCAUCUAGCUCUUGAGUCCUGCAGGACACUAAAGUCCUGCUCCUGACAUAGAUACCAGAGACCAGUGUGAUAGAAGUGAUGGGACGUGUCAGUUGAUUAAUGAUCAGCUAGUCCCCAGCAUGCCCAGGUGUGACACACACAGCUGUUAGUGCUGAAAACAGCCUUAGCCUGCUCUCUGUUCAGCUGUGAUCCAGUUGUGUCAAUUCUAAUUUAUUAUAGUCCAAAGUGUUGUUGUUUUCCUGUGCUUUGUUUAGUAUUGCUCAAGAAGUAACUAAACUUCCUGGAAAUUGUCAUAACUAUGGAGGACAGUGAGAUAAUAAAUGCCUUUGUUUUCUUUCAGAUCUUUGAUGAUGCAUACAAAUCCCAGCUCAGUUGUGUGGUUGUGGAUGACAUUGAGAGAUUGCUUGAUUAUGUCCCUAUUGGCCCUCGAUUUUCAAAUCUUGUAUUACAGGCUCUUCUCGUUUUACUGAAAAAGGCACCUCCUCAGGAGAAGAGAUCGAGAGGGGAUAGAAAAAUUGAAAAGGGCUGUCCCAGCAGGGAGCCAAGCCGGAGAAAAGGGCUUCUCUGAGAACUCAGCAGCAGCAGCUAAGAAAGCUCCCAGCCUGCUUCAUCUACAUGCAGAGUCACACAAGGCAUGGGGGUGCUCACCGUCACACAGAGGUUUCACAUGUGCUUCCCUGCUGAUUCCUGUGAAAAGCUAACAAUUGGCUUGGAGGGUAAAAGACCACUGCAGUUCACCCUCCCUGAGCUGGACGUACAAUUUGUCCAGUGUUAGGAAAUGUCCGGCUUAGCAGUGAGAGGCUUGAAGACACCCCUCCUUCCAGUGAGAUUCCUAACGCCGUCUCUUUUACUUGAUGACACUGGGGCUCUUUUCAAGUUUUGCAGAUUUAUGGAAGUUGAGGGGAAUGUGCUUUUCAAGAUCAGGAGGAUGAAAGCCUUGGUCUUAAUGUCAAGGAGGAUGCAGUAGUGAGUGGUAAGGCCAGGUAACUCUUCCUGCAGCCUGCAGCACCAGUGGCUUGAUUAUUUUCCUCAUAGAUCUCUUCUGCCACCUUUUUUUUUCUUUUUGGGAGACAAAGUGUCUGAAAAGGAGCUCCUUGGGCUGUAAAAUGACAUGAUUUCCCAGUUUCCUCAACAAGUGUGAGAGUAGUUAAGCCCAUUAACCUCACUGUUUAAUGCUGAGUUUUUGACACUUUUGUGCAUCAAACUGGAAAACCUCAUCUGUAUGUAACAGGGUAACCUUGUAAUUUAUGGAGGAACAAUCCUUCCUCAGUUCAGUGCUUCCCAACCUGUUUAGAUCAUGGUGCAUAUGAAAUGAUAACAUCUGAUGAUACACUUGGGUAAGUGGAUGAGGCCACUCACAACUGGCCAAGGGUCUAGCCCUCCCAACAGCUGGCAGGAGUUGAUAUCUUAGUCCUCGUAUAACUCAUUUGAAGCUCAACAAUUGGAAAACUCUUUGGAAAUGUUAAACUUUACAAAAAAAGAAUUAACCACUCUAACUUCAUAGCAGUAUUACUGAAGUAGAACUCAACCCUAACAGUUAUUAGUGUUUUGUCUAAAUUUUAAUGAUGUUGUUGAGAAUAGUAACUUCCUCGCUCCUCUGACACCUAGGAAUAUUACCUAGUAAGAGAAAUACAGCUUAAAGCUUGGAGGACCUAAGGUAUGAACCAACAAGAAACUGUCAGCAUUCUCGGGAUGGGGACUUGGGCAGACACACUUGUUUCUGCAUGAAUUUUGUUUUUAACAUCAGCAGUCUCUAGACAACAUUGCUUUUCAUGUAGUCCUUACAUGACAUCUUAGCAGUCUUACUUCAGGUAUGGUUAUUAGGACGUCUUGGUAUCUUGAUAAUAUUAAGCAGCUCUUCAGGCUUUGGGUUGCUUUAAUGAAAUAAGCAGAAAAUGGAAGAGACUCCACAUCAUGCAGGCCUAAACAUGAGUAUCUCUCCAUCUAUUUGUUCGAAAUUAACUCUGGCUAAUGACUAUGAUAUGACUCAGUAAGAUAUAUAACCACUUUAGGAAAGAGGCUUAGUCAUUUUGCCAGACACAUUAAUUUUAAUCCACUGAUGUGGUGACUUUUGCAUUGGGC